GAAUUCUGCCUUGAAAUAAGACUCGACGAUGCUUUCUUGCGUUCGACUCCACUUGAUGUUACCAACAUGCUAUCUGAGCAUGCAGGCCGCAUGCAUUGCCCAUUAUUUUGAAGGCGCGCUCGCAGCACAUGUUCGACGUGAACUCCCACCACACAAGCUCACGGGAAAUGCAGCUACAACUGCCCUAAGAAGCUGUCCGCACUCUCACGGCAAGUGUAUGAUCACUACAAUGGCCUCAGCAUGCGUUUUCUGCCUUCCAAGGUUAUGCCACGUCUCGAGGGCCAACUGCUGAAUGGGUAGCCGUAUG